GGGCGGAGGAGGAGGAAGAAGAGGCAGACUAACAAGAUGGCCCCUGCUGCAGGAGCAGCCUCAGCAGCAGCAGGUGGGAGGCCGGAGGCGACGCUGGCGGUGGCGGCGGUCGCCCGGUGGCCUGGGGCAAAGUCAGAGUCGACGGUGGCAGCGGCAGCGGCUGCGGCCGCCGCGGCGGUGGCGACGGCCGCGGGGACUCGGAGCUGAGAGGAGCUGCUGCUCUGACCAGCGCGGUUAUAUUUCACACUAUGUGCUGACUGUAUCUACAGAAGAUAUUAAAAAAAAAAAAGACAAACUUUUUUCAAAGAUUUUGAUUCCAGUGGAAUCUGUGCUUUAGAUUUUUUUGUGUGUGUGUGUUAGUAAAUUGUAACUCCAGAAGCAAUGCCUGUACAAGCUCCACAAUGGACGGAUUUCCUCUCCUGCCCAAUUUGCACUCAGACUUUCGACGAAACGAUUCGAAAGCCCAUCAGUUUGGGCUGUGGCCAUACUGUCUGCAAGAUGUGCCUGAAUAAACUCCACCGCAAGGCUUGCCCAUUUGACCAGACCACUAUCAAUACAGACAUUGAGCUUCUCCCUGUGAACUCAGCAUUGCUGCAGCUAGUGGGUGCUCAGGUCCCUGAGCAGCAGCCCAUUACCUUGUGUAGUGGGAUUGAAGACACAAAGCAUUAUGAGGAAGCAAAGAAAUGUGUAGAAGAAUUAGCAUUGUACCUGAAACCACUCAGCAGUGCUAGAGGAGUGGGUCUGAAUAGCACUACUCAGAGUGUUCUGAGUCGUCCAAUGCAGAGGAAGCUGGUGACUCUGGUUCACUGCCAACUAGUGGAAGAAGAAGGCAGGAUUCGUGCCAUGAGGGCAGCUCGAUCAUUAGGUGAACGAACAGUUACAGAGCUUAUCCUCCAGCACCAGAAUCCUCAGCAACUUUCUUCCAAUCUUUGGGCAGCAGUCAGGGCUAGAGGCUGCCAGUUCCUUGGACCAGCAAUGCAGGAAGAAGCUCUUAAGUUGGUUUUGUUGGCCUUAGAAGAUGGGUCUGCUUUGUCAAGAAAAGUCUUGGUUCUCUUUGUGGUACAAAGAUUGGAACCACGGUUCCCUCAAGCCUCUAAAACUAGCAUUGGGCAUGUUGUCCAGCUCCUCUAUAGAGCCUCCUGCUUCAAGGUCACCAAACGUGAUGAAGACUCUUCUUUAAUGCAGCUGAAAGAAGAAUUUAGAACUUACGAAGCUCUGCGGCGAGAACACGACUCCCAGAUAGUGCAGAUUGCUAUGGAGGCAGGUUUACGAAUUGCGCCAGACCAGUGGUCCUCUUUGCUUUAUGGAGACCAGUCUCACAAAUCUCAUAUGCAGUCCAUUAUUGACAAGUUGCAGACCCCAGCAUCUUUUGCACAAAGUGUUCAGGAACUAACAAUUGCUCUCCAGAGGACUGGAGACCCAGCGAACUUGAACCGACUAAGACCCCAUUUGGAGCUGUUGGCAAACAUUGACCCUAGUCCAGAUGCUCCUCCUCCUACUUGGGAACAGCUAGAAAAUGGGCUGGUUGCUGUGCGUACAGUGGUGCAUGGGCUGGUUGAUUAUAUCCAGAACCACAGCAAAAAAGGAGCAGAUCAACAGCAGCCUCCACAGCAUAGCAAAUACAAAACAUACAUGUGUCGAGAUAUGAAGCAGAGAGGAGGAUGCCCUCGUGGGGCCAGCUGUACAUUUGCACACUCUCAGGAGGAACUGGAAAAAUUUCGUAAAAUGAACAAACGCUUAGUUCCCAGAAGACCCCUGAGUGCCUCUUUGGGUCAUCUUAAUGAGGUGGGCCUGCCUUCAGCAGCUAUCCUUCCAGAUGAAGGUGCAGUGGAUCUGCCUAGCAGAAAACCCCCUGCUCUGCCAAAUGGAAUUGUAUCAGCAGGGAACACCGUCACACAGCUAAUUCCACGAGGGACGGACCCCAGCUACGAUUCUAGUCUGAAGCCAGGAAAGAUAGAUCAUCUGAGCAGUAGUGCCCCUGGAUCCCCUCCUGACCUACUGGAAUCUGUCCCUAAGAGUAUUUCUGCCUUACCUGUGAAUCCACAUCCUGUACCUCCAAGGGGGCCAACAGAUCUGCCUCCCAUGCCUGUCACCAAACCACUUCAGAUGGUACCACGAGGUUCUCAGUUAUAUCCAGCACAACAGGCAGAUGUUUAUUAUCAGGAUCCUCGAGGAGCUGCUCCACCAUUUGAACCAGCACCUUAUCAGCAGGGUAUGUACUAUACUCCACCACCACAAUGUGUGUCCCGCUUUGUCCGGCCUCCACCAUCUGCUCCUGAACCUGGCCCUCCGUACUUGGAUCAUUAUCCACCUUACCUCCAAGAUCGUGUAGUAAACUCCCAGUAUGGCACACAGCCACAGCAGUACCCACCUAUGUACCCACCUCACUAUGAUGGCCGUCGGAUAUACCCUGCUCAGUCUUAUACGAGAGAGGAGAUGUUUCGAGAAAGCCCUAUACCCAUUGAGAUUCCGCCUGCAGCAGUGCCAUCUUAUGUUCCAGAAUCCAGAGAAAGAUACCAGCAGAUGGAGGGUUACUAUCCGGUGGCUCCCCAUCCAACUCAGAUCAGACCUUCGUACCUCAGAGAGCCUCCUUACAGCCGUCUUCCACCUCCUCCCCAGCCCCAUCCUAGUUUAGAUGAGCUACAUCGCCGAAGAAAGGAAAUAAUGGCCCAGCUGGAGGAAAGAAAGGUCAUCUCUCCACCUCCUUUUGCACCUUCACCAACAUUGCCUCCUACCUUCCACCAAGAGGAAUUUUUGGAUGAAGACUUGAAGAUAGCUGGGAAAUACAAAGGAAAUGAUUAUAGCCAGUACUCUCCCUGGUCAUGUGACACCAUUGGCUCCUACAUUGGGACCAAAGAUGCAAAACCCAAAGAUGUUGUGGCAGCAGGGAGUGUGGAAAUGAUGAAUGUGGACAGUAAAGGAAUGAGAGACCAGCGUUUGGAUCUUCAGAGAAGAGCAGCAGAAACCAGUGAUGAUGACCUCAUCCCAUUUGGAGAUCGACCAACAGUAUCUAGGUUUGGUGCCAUCUCUCGAACUUCCAAAACGAUAUAUCAGGGUGCUGGCCCAAUGCAGGCUGUGGCACCUCAGGGAGCUCCCACAAAAUCUAUUAACAUUUCAGAUUAUAGUCCAUAUGGAACCCAUGGUGGCUGGGGAAGUUCCCCAUAUUCACCUCAUCAAAACAUACCUUCUCAGGGACACUUCAAUGAGAGGGAGAGAAUGUCCAUGUCAGAAGCGACCAGUCAUGGAAAACCCCUUCCAUCUGCUGAGAGGGAACAGCUACGACUAGAAUUACAGCAACUGAACCAUCAGAUUAACCAACAGACCCAGCUACGUGGACUAGAGGCUGUUAGUAACAGGCUGGUGUUGCAGAGGGAGGCAAACACCCUGGCAGGCCAGCCACAGCCUCCACCACCACCUCCACCUCCAAAAUGGCCUGGAAUGAUCUCGAGUGAGCAGUUGAGCUUGGAACUGCACCAGGUGGAAAGGGAAAUUGGAAAGAGAACUCGGGAACUGAGUAUGGAGAACCAGUGUUCUCUGGACAUGAAAAGUAAAUUGAAUACCAGUAAACAAGCAGAAAAUGGACAGCCAGAAUCACAAAACAAGGUUCCAGCUGAGGACCUUACAUUGACAUUCAGUGAUGUACCAAAUGGAUCAGCCCUGACACAAGAGAAUAUCAGCCUCCUAUCAAACAAGACCAGUUCCCUGAACUUAUCAGAGGAUCCUGAGGGAGGAGGGGAUAACAAUGACUCCCAGAGAUCAGGAGUUACACCCAGUUCUGCUCCCUAAAAUAUGAAGAGUCCUACUUUUAUCUUCUGCUCCUGAUCAGUUUGUGGGGCCUAGGGGUAGGAGAAUGGAUAACUUCUAAAACUUUUCUCUAAGAGUGGUCAGAGAAAUCCAGGAAAAGCACCGGAGGCAAUGUGCACAAACACCACUACUAAAACAAACCCUGCACAUAGUUCACAUUAAUGCAUUUUUUAAUUUAAGAAAAAGAAAAUUAGCAGUAUCUGCAAGCAGUUCAGAUUAAAUUUGUUUUUGUUCUGUGAAUGAACUUUAUUUUAAUAACUUUGGACGCCUUGGAUCCAGGGCUUUAAAAAAAAAAAAAAAAGAAGAUAUUAUAUAUACACUCUGUUUGAUUAAUUGUAUGAUCUUAAUGAAGUAGGUUUUUCUUGUAUUUUGGUAUUAUUACAUACCCAGUGUAUAAUUCCUUAUCCCUAAUCCUUUCCAGCCGUCACCACCCUAUAAACUAAAGCAGACAAAAAGCACCAGCCUUUCUGAGAAUUCUGUGGUGCUUGAGAAACAAAAGAGUCAGUCAUAGACUGAAUUAUUGGAAAAUGCGCAGCAAACUAACUUUCCCCGGAGCUAUUAUUUGGAAACUAUACUUUUUUUGUUUUUAUUUUUGUUUUUUUCCUUUCUGGGUCACUAGGUUCAUGUAUAGGUAUGUUUUUCUUAUGGCAUUAAAACUUGAGGUUUUUUUGUUUUGUUCUGUUUGUUUAUGAGGGUUUUAUUUCUUGUUUUUAUAGAGAGAUGAUUACCAGACAGUUCAUUUUGAGACCCCUUCUUCAUACCACUGAUGCCUUUUCAUUCUCUUAAUGUAAUAAGAAAUUGAAUUCAACAUUUAGAUUGUUUGAUUAGGUUUAAAUGGAGAUUAAGGAUGAGCUAUUAAUUUAUCAGCAUUGAAAAUACAUGUUUGAUUUAUUGCCUGUAUUGAACUCAUGGUUGGAAGUUUGGAGCUGUGUUUUCCAAACUGAAGUUUUGCAGAAAUCAUAGAAUGUUAAAAAAAAAAAACCAGGACAUCAAGCAUGUUUUAAAACUGCAACAAUUAAUUUGAACAUAAAAUGAACAGAGCCACAUUAUUCCAAUAGAUGUUUUUGUUUUACCCUCAAAACCUAAAAGUAUAAAAUAAAAUCCCUUUAUACUGGAGCCCCUGGCUUUCAAAAAGAUUUGCUAAAUAUGAACUGCCUGGGUCUUAAGGAUAAUUUAUGGAUUGAUCCGUUGUUGCUGGUCAGAAUCAUUAGCACAAGUGUAGGUAGUAUACCUAGCAGUCAGUUUUCGUGUACUUGGCUUUACAAUAUUGAAAAAGUUUCUUUGUGAAAAUGUUGAAAAGAGCAAGGAAGAAAUUUUUAAAUUAUUUAGUUCUGCUGCACAUAUUCUGAUGCACAUGUCUAUACUGAACUAAAACCCUAUAAAAGAUAUAGUCACCCUCUCCCAUCCUUCUGUUCGCCUGAUUUUUUUUAUUUCCCUUUCUGGAUUAUGCUACUAAAUCAGAAAGCACUGGUUAUGUAAUAAGUUACCGCACUGCUUUGGUUGGGUAAAAGGAAGAGUUUAUAUUUUUCUUGUUUCUUUUUUUCUUAACCCUUAAUUCCUGCUGAGGUCAUAACAACCUCAGUCUAAGCUCUGUAUCCAUCAUUGUUAACUGAAACAAAUGGGGGAAGGGGGCAAUACAGUCCUGCCAUUGCCUACCAGUAGGAGAGUCCAAACAGAACACUCUUUUGAGUAGCGAUUAUUUAAUUUGCCCAGUCAAGGCACCGUGUUAUAUACUAUUUCACAUUGAAUUUGAUUAUGCCCUACAGACCUGGCUGGUCAAGGAUUUGAUAUACACAUAUUGGCUUGGGAUUCGAGCUUUCUUUUUUAUUUAAAUAAAAAUUUAUAUAUAUAUUAUAUAUAUACAGAUAUACAUAGCUAUAUCUGUAUAUAUAUUGGGUAUGUUUUAAGGAUUUUUCGCAUGAGCGCAGCUGUUGCGAUAAAAUGUCUGAUUGGGAGGUAGACGCAAUGAAUGAAGAUGAGGCAUUUUUUCAGUUGAUAUCCACAUUUUCCUUUUUUUUAAACAAACUUGCUUUUUUACUUCUUCUCAAAACCCUCUUACAUUUAUUCUUUAAGUGCUUAUUUUAUAUUGGGAGAAGGAGAGAAACUUUUGCGUGUCUGACAGAGUCCCAAGAUUUUUCAUAUCUCUGCAUAACCAUAAAAGGCAACAUUCUUGGCCUCCAACCUUCUGUAGGCAGGUUUGGGCAGAUCUUAUUUCUCCUUUGGACUUGUCAGAUAAUUCCUAAGUUUUACAAGCAGUUGGUUCACUUUGGAACUCAUAAAUACUCUGAUAUUAGAAGGAAAUUUGUGGGUAUUGAUUUUGUUGAAGUUCAGAGUAAAAGUAAAGUUCUAUUCUAAGUAUCUGUUGAAACCCCUAAUAGUUCAGCCUCUGUUAAUUCUUGUUGUUAUUCUCUUCAAAUACACUCUUUCUGUGUUCACCAUUUUGAUUUUGUGAGCUAGGCAGGAACAGGAAUUAAUUUAUACAGUACUCCUAUUCUGAACAAAUCCAGAAAAGCCACUGUUUAGACUUAAAAUAGUCUCUUUCACUUUUUAAGCAUUUUCAUUUGAGAAAAAAAUGAUCUCUUAAGUUGUAGCCUGAAUUGUAGCUGUACUAUCCAAGGCCUCACACCCCAGAGGCAAACCAGUUGGGUAAAAGGUGGAAGAAUGGUAUACUGUUCCGUUGUGCCUAUAACUUACUUUAAAUUGAUCAUUGUGUCCUGCCUCUUGGAAAUUUUUACACCUUUCUUAGUGCUUAACCAACAGGUUUAGGACUUCAAUAAAAGCCCCAAAGUUUAUGGCAUUUUUCUGUUCUUUUCCUUUUCUCUGUGAUACAUGUUGUGAUAUGAUGAGCCUAUAAGGGUAAAUGGCCAAUCUGGGCAUAAUGGCUUUUUUGUCAAAAUCUGUGAAAGGCAUUGCUUUUUCUGGCCUUCUUAUUUUAUUUGUUCCUUUAGAAACAGUUAAGAGAUAAUCAGAUAGAUAGAAAAUAUAGUUUUUAUGCCUUCUACUUACUAAAAUAUUUCUUCUGAAGAUGACUUUUUCACUCAAAAAGGGAAGACUUUCAUAGACAUCUCAGAUAAACAUGAACAAUUCUGAGAGGAUUAAGGUAGAAGUAAUAAAGCCUUGGGUUCACUCUUCUUUAGAAAACAAAAAUCAGGAUUUUAUUGUAGCAUAGAAUAUAAAAGUACUUCAACUUACUUUUUUUCAAAGGAUCUCUGAAAAAGCUAGAAGAACUGAGAGUAACACAUCUAGGUUCAAUUUCCUGCUUUAUACAAAGCUCUUUUGCCUUAUUUAUAGAUAUUGUCACAAGAUAAGUACAAUAGCUGCCCUGUCUUUGUAAUUUACAGAGACUAAAAUGACCAAAGAUCUAUUCCUUGUUACUUUUCUAAUUAAAAGAAAAGCUAGUUAUAGCAUACGUUUCUGGUAAUAUUCAAAUGGUAAGACACUAUUCCUAAUGCCAGCUACAAAUAUUCAGCUAUUCAGAAUGUGUAAAAAUUAUUUGGUACAGAAUUAAUGAUGUGGUUGAUUCCCUUCUCCCAUCACAUUUCCCUCCAUUUUCCUAUUCUUUCCCAUUUAUUUAUUCUUUUGCCUAAAAGAAAAUUGCUAUGGUUCUCAUUAGCUACUUUGAAUACGUAACUCCAUCAGACUUUCCAUAGGCCUUCAGGGUUGAAGCUCAAAGUUUAACUCCUAAAUUUUUCCGUGAAUGUGUAUUAUUUUUUCCCCUGGAACUUUCCAUCCUGCCAAUUCCCCUUGACUUACCCACUGCCCUCCCCAAUCUGCAACAGUGACAGUUUGCUGCUUCAAAACAGAGCAUUCAAAUGAAUUCGCUUAGCCAAUAACUUCUGUGAAGUUGCCUUUUCUAAUGGUGUUAUUACUCAGUGAUGCACAAAUGUGGUAUUUGCCCUACUGGUAGGCAAACAAAGGUCUGGUUAAGAAUGGUAACCUGCUGUUUUCUUUAAAGGAGAGCCAAAGACUUGUGCUUUACUCUGUUUUGGUUUUAGGGGAAGUAGUAGCCAUUUUGAUUGUGAAACCUUUUUAGUAUUUGUGAAUUGAUUGUACUCUGCAAGUAUAUUUAUCUAAAGUUAACUGUUAAAGUUAGCUAGCCUUAUAAAAUGUAAAAGUAAUGAAAAUUCAUCAAUUUCUCUAACCAGUGAAUCUCAUCUUCUACAGUAUUGUGUGUAAGCAGCCUCCCCCCCCCCCUUUUUUGAGAUUAUCUUGUUAUGAUAGCAUGUUCUGUAUUUUUAUGUUCUUUAACUUGUGCCUAAAUGACAAUCUACUAUCACUAUGAUCAAGUCAUGGGACUGAGUAGAAGAAUUUUUGAGCAUGUGACUGGUGAGAAAUAGUUAACUAUAGUCAGUCAGUAUGUGUUCAGAUGUAGCAAAAAGUUGAUUGUUUUCACUAAAGAGUAUUCAGUUACUUAUAUUCAAUAGUGAUGGAUGGAAGUCUUACCAUCUCUUUUCUACUUUUCUUUUUGCUCAUUUUAAAGAAUUGAGUAAAAGCUUCAUUAUAAAAUCUUUUCUUAAAAAGUACACUUAAAAGCAACAGCCAAUUUUUAAAAUAAAUUAAUAGCCUUUCUGACAACUCCAGUGUUUACUUAGGUUUGUAUCCUAUAAAAGUCCAAUUUGUGUUUAUGUUUUAGUUGAUGAUACAUGUCUGCAGUGUUGCAAGGUGACCUCUUCUGAAAAAUCUGCCUGUCCUUUUAAAUAAAAAUCAGGCAGAACUAUUGAACUAAAGCAGAUUUGACUUUCAGCAUUAGGGAUUGAAUGAGCAAGCAGUCUACUACUGACAUCAUUUUACCUGAAUGCCCAUUUUGCUGGUCUGCAUUCAUACGUUUCUACCUUGGACAGCUGAUUUUUAGAUCCUAUUUAUUUGUUGCUUCAGCUCAGCUUUGUGCAAUUUUCCUGCUGAAAUGGCUUAUUGGGAAUUGAAGGUAGAUUGCAGUUAAUAUGAAAAAAUUCUCAAUUCAGCUUUUCUGAGCCACUUGAAAAAGAAAUAUAAGUACAUUUUGCUAAAAGGUACUACUAGUAGUAGUAAAGAACUUAAGAUUUGGAUUUUAAGAUUUCAUUUCUGUAAUUGCUAAAGAUGUUUUCACAAGUAGUAGGUUCUGAUUGAUAAUACUAGCUAUAAUGGUAACUAAGAAUAGGAAACUGCCACCACCAGGAGUAAGUAAUAAGUUGGAAUAAUAAACAUGUUCCCAAUAGGUGGGUUUUCAAAACUGCACUGAACGAAGUAGGUAAGGAACUCUUUGAAAUCCUUUUGGGAUAAAGAGACUUACCUUACCACUGGAAUCCUUGUUUUCAGAGCCUCUGGAUUUUCAGCUAAACACUGAAUUUCUCCUAAGCUGUAUCCCCGGGCAAAACAUCCCUAGAGUAAUAACCUUUGUUUUCACCAGAAAAUAAGGCACAAUAACCCAAGGGGGAGAUCUUAAACCUCAAAACAAAAUUGUGUCCAGAAAUAUGUAUUUAGAAAAAUAAAAUCCUGUGGAAUUUAUAUUAUCUAUCAGAUAAGGUGACUUAUGUUCUUGUAUUGAGGUCUCGCUGUUUCUGGUUGGUUUUUGUUUCUUUGUUUUAAACUCCAAGUAGACAGAGCUCACAAGUCUUUGGCAUCCAUUCUAGGUUGUAUGCUCAGAGUCAUCUUAUAACUGGAAACUGUCAGGUGUCCCCACCCCAACCCCAGCUGGUGUAUGAAAGGGUCAAGAAAGGAUGGAAACAAACUAUUAGGUGGAUAAUUGGUUGCCUGAUUUUUUUUUUUUAAUUACCAUUUAUUAGUGGAAUCUCUCCCCAUUGAUUGGCUGCCAUUCUCACAAUAUCUGAACCACGCCAUAAAAUAUUCCUCUGAAAGGCAUUUUAAGCUUUUGCUCAUCAUUUUUAUGUCCUCUUUUCAACUAAGAUAUUGUCUUGAAAGCUACUCUCUCCAGGUGUUCUGUUGCUUAAAUUUUCAUCCAUACACCCCUUUCAUCCUUCCUCUUCCCACCUUCUGGGAAUGAAAGAAACUUGGGAGGAAAAAAAUUUUUUUCCCAUUUUAUUCUAUUGUCCAUGGGCCUCAUUAUCUUACUUUAUAAUGAAUCUAUGACUUUUUGGAACAAGAGCAAUGGAAAGGUGAAUUAAGAUAAUGAACAAAACCUUUUGCCCACUUAAACAUUUUCCAGUUUUGAGAUUCCUCUUCGUGUGUGUGGUCUCUUGCCCUUGCCAGCCCUUCUCCCCCUUUUUCCUGACUAUGGUCAAUUUGGUCUUUAGGCUCAUACCAGUCUCCCCGAGACAUUCUGCAGUCAUUAUCACCUUUUUGGGUGGAUUUUAUUUUGUUCUGUUUUUUUUAAAAAAAUAAUUUUUUAACAUUGAUGCAUAAUUUGCUUGGGAUAGAGCUUGUGUAAUUUACCAAUCGUAUUGAUUGUAUGUGAUUGUGCCCUGCAGAGGUAUAUUUAACAAGACAAAUAAUCUAGGUUAAUAAAGGAGCCCAUGAGAUUUGAGUCAGGUUAUAAGUAACUUCAUGAAAUCACUUACAGUUUUGGAUAGUGAGAAUUUAUAUCUCCUAUUCUUAGAAAUCAGUGCUAGACAAAAUACAGUUUUUGAAAAUUUUCUUGCAUUCCUAUUUUUAUUUUUCUGUUACAGCUUCCUCCUCUUUCUUGCCUGCCUCCACCCACUUGUUCAGAAAUAAAAAUAUUGAGCCUUGAAGUGAUCGCCGAUUUUCAAAUUGCUGAAUUUUGUGAAAUUUUACCUUUUCCAAGUGUUCCCAACUUAAAAAAAAAAAA